AUGGAAGGUGAACGAUGUAAGGAAAGCAAUCUGAAUAAGCGUAGAAUUAAAGGAAGUGAAAGUGCACCUAAACGAAAGAAAUGUGAGGUGGCGCAACCGGGUAGCAGCGUUGUACUUGCUGCUAAGCAGCAAAUUAACCAUAACGUCGAUCAAGACAAAAAUGUUAAACGAGUGCAAGGAGUUCCAGAUGGUAAAAGCAGUGUCACUAACUUUGACAUUCAACGCACUUCGAAACAUUUUCCAACACUUUCAUAUUCUCUGCAUACUGCUCGUGUUGCCAUUGUUUCAAACUCUUCUGCAAUGAUUUCGAGCGCUUCAAAUGUUGUGAAACGAACUUCAAAUAAGAAGACACGGAUUCCUUUUGGAAGGAUCCAAGAUAUUUCAGGCAAUCAAGAACCGAACCGUUGCAUCAGAGACUUAUCCGGAGAUAAAGUAGCAGUAGGUGAACUGAAUGGGCGGAUCUCUGCUGCAGUUCCAGGCUGCCGAGAGAGAUUAAAUGAAAACAGCAAGAGAUCAAAUGGAUUCCGAACUCCUUUACAGUCACCGACAUUGUAUGUAAAGCAUUGUAAUGAUCUUCUGAUGGCACCAAAGAAGCGUCGCUGUACUCGCAGCUAUAGGAUGACAAAAGUUCCAGUGUCGUGUACGUUAAGAUCACCACGUUAA